AUGGCGGCCCACUACAACUACCAGGACCCCUACAACACCCCAGGCGGGACCACCCCCUCGGGUUCAUCGACAGUCGCGCCCUCGGCCCAGUACGGCGGCUACGAGGCAAACGAACUCGAGGCCCCCGCGUAUGCCCAGGCGACCAACUACAACAACUACUCGACCAACUCGAUUGAGAAGAAUGGCGCCGCAGUGGGCAUGGAGGACGUGGACCAGGAUGGCGUCAACCAGCUGGGCGAGAUUGGUGGUACCGAGCGUGCCAAGCCUGGUCGUGCCGGUCUCCACCACCCUACUUCGUCGUUUGCGGCCAUGGGCCCGCCCCCGCGCUCGACCGGUAUCCUGCGCAUGUGGCGCAAGGACGAGCGUGGCAAGCAGUGGACUCGCGGUGGUGGUUUCCGCUCCACUGGUCGUGCCGUUUGCUGCUGUAUCACUGUGGCCAUUCUCAUGAUUAUCAGCAUCAUCCUUGCCGUGCUUCUCUACGUUCGCCCUCCCUCGGUCGUCCUCAACGGCGUGCAGGUUGACUCCAACUCGCUCUCCCUCGACAGCACCAACCACGAGUUCAACGUCGGUCUCAACCUUUCCAUCACUGCUGUGCACACCCACACCCUUUUUGCUAACCAUGCUCGCAGCGUCUCCAACCCCAACUGGUUCGAUGCCAACUUUAAGAAGAUCUCAGCCGACGUCAAGUAUGACGCCACCAACUCGUCUGCGCAGUUUGGUAGCGGCGAGAAGGACAAUGUCAACUUCCGCGGCUACACGGCCUCGACGUUCCUCUUCCCGCUCACUCUCAACUACUCGAUGGCCAACGACCCGGGACAGGAGAUGAUCAACUCGCUCUCGACCAAGUGCGGCCUCAACGGCGGCACGACUGGCCAGAUCACCAUCGACUACACCCUGCACCUUGCCCUCGUCAUUCUCGGCGUCACCGUCAAACCCAACAUUGACGCGAGUGCCACCAUCGACUGCCCCGUCACCGCAUCGCAGAUCCAGGAGAUUAUCGGCUCGACCUAA